UGCUAAUCUCACACAUCUGCCUACACAUCUACUUGCUGACUGUACACUAAACACAAUCUAUUUUGCUUACUGGUCUUCUAGCCAUGCGUGUUUGCUUAGAGCAGGGGUGGGUUCAAUUUGCAGCACUCCAUCUCAUGCUGAACUGCAACUAUCAAAAUCUUACAGCUGCUGGAGACCGUGCAAAGAGUUUCAGUUCAGCAAGACCUUGAAGGCUGCUGACAAGGCAUUCCUGAGCUAGGAGCAGAGAGUGAACGAGGACAUAUUCAGGAAAAGAGGGAAAUGUAGAUGGAAAGGAUAAAGAAUGAUACAGACAGUUAAACUCUAUUCAGAUCGGCUUGGCGGUGCUGCCAUACUGCAAAGUCUACAUGCAUGUUGCAACACUGCUCAGGACUCGUUAGCACGGCUGGUGCCUGAAAAUGUUUAGGAGACAAGAGGAGUUGGAUCGGACCCUAUUUGUGGGCAAUUUAGACUGCAGUGUCAACGAGGAGAUUCUGUACGAACUCUUUCUGCAGGCUGGGCCUCUUACCAAAGUAACUGUUGCAAAAGACAAAGAAGGGAAUUCGAAGGCAUUUGGCUUUGUCUGCUUCAAGCACUCAGAAUCUGUGCCUUAUGCCAAGGCCUUACUGAAUGGCAUUCGAUUAUAUGGACGGCCAAUUAAAGUUCACUAUCAGUUUGGAAGUUCCUUUUCCUCUGAAGAAAUUAACACACCUCACAGUUCAGAUAAUGGUUUCAUCCCAAAUCCCCAAGACUAUGGAAUGAGUGCUACAGAGGACAGAUCAGCUGCCUUAUCACCCAUGAACACUGUGAAUAACAACUAUUUUCAGCAGGCGUUUAUGUUCUUCCAGGGCAUGUUAAACCAGUGUUUAUCUUAUGGAUGGAUGGACCAGCAACCUUCCUGUUCAACUCCAGCCUUUCCUUGGAAUAACGACUCCCCCUUUUCAUGGUCGAAUGAAUCAGAAAGCGUCUGUACUCCUGGGCCAAGUUCUAUGAACUGGAACGUAAACGACUAUAGCGCUUACCAAAACUGUGAACACCCAAAUAAAAAGAGAGAGAAUGAAACCCACAAUUCUACCAGUAACAGCUCUGACCCCACUGCGGGGCAGCAUGAACAGAGCCAAAAACCAAGAAAGCGCAAGAAAAAAAAACGGAAGACUUAGGUGCAUUUUGGACAAAAGCAGGAAAAUCUCUGAACUUAAUUUUCCAGCACCAAGUGAAAGGAUGGAAUAGUAUACGGUGUUCAUCAGUGCAAUGGACCAAUGCUGGAAUCUGAUAACACUCCUCUGGACUGUCAUGUUUAGUUUGACUGGUGGUGCAUUUUCUAAUGGUUGAAUAGUUAAUAGGUUUAGUUAACUUUGCUAUGUAUAUAUGAUGCGUGACGGAGAUUCCCAGUAGAGCAACUAGACACGUAUGUUCCAUGCAUUCUAUGAAAUUGCUCUGAUAUAGAUGUAUAUCAAUAAAGGAAACUUUACUCGAAA